UAAACCUAAUAGUUUACAAGUUAUUUAAGGCCAAAGUUAAAUUUAUCGAAAAUUUUAAGGUUUUUGAUGCAUUCCAGCAAUUUUGAUGGUUUUAUUGGAACAAAUCACUCAAAAAAUUCAUGUUUAUUUUAAAUUUAGUUACUUAGACAAUCAUUGCUAAUAAUUCUCGGUAGUUAUCCAAAGAAAAAUCGAAUAGUCUAAAGAUUUAUUAUAAAUUUUGUGUAUGAAAAUACAAAUUAUGUUAAAUUGUUUAUCUGUUCAUCCAAUAGUCUGUAAAUGCUCAUUUAAAUUCCCAAAAUUAAAGCUGAAAAAUUAAUUCAUUAUUGAUUGACCGAUCAGAAAGAAAUUUUUUUACGUUUCGUCGGUAACAUAGUUAGUUAACACCUCGUUAGUUAACACGCGCGACCAUUCUUUGUCAAAUCAGCAAAACAGCAUACAAUCAUAAGCUCCCACGAUUGGUGGGUAUCGUAUUACGGACAACGGUGCAUUAAGGUGAAUGCACGAAUACUAGGUCAAGGUCGCUGACAAAGCAUAUCAAUGAUGCACGCCGUUAGGUGUAAUGUUAGGGAAUAAGUUUAAAGUGCGUUAUAAAUAGAGUUGUGAAUAAAAUAGUUUAGUUUGUUGAUACUGGGAAAAAUUUAUUUAUGUUUUUCUCCGUGUAUUGUUUUGUUGAAGUAUUUUCAUAAAAUAUUGAUAGUUAUUUGGUUAAUUUGACUUUUAAUCUUAUUUUUGUUUAAUAAGAGCAAUCCAUUAACCAUGGAUUAUUUAAGUGGUGUUAUUGGUAACAAUGUAAUUGAACAUUUUGAUGGACGUAAGCUUCCUUCCGUACAAGAGGUUAUGUCAGUAUAUCUUUAUCAUAAGAAAAAUUUAAAAGCACAACGGAGAGAAUGUCUUUUGAUUACUAUUAAUAAAGUGAAAGAAAAGUGGUCACAAGCAGGAAUUCCAACGUGUGGAACAGAAUAUGCAAUAAAAAACCUUUCUGGCCUCUUAGAUCAAGUGAAAAACUUACAAAAAAGUUCCAAGCGUAGACGGUCAAAGACACAGAAGCAGAAAGAGUCAAUUUUUGGUCAUAAAUUAAAAAAUUUAUUCGACAUUGCUCAAUUCAAUGUCGAAAAAUUUAUCAAUGACGAUCAAAAAUUAUUUUUGGCCAAAGAUCAAAAAGUCGAUUCGGAUUAAUCGAUAAUGCUUCAAAACCGGAAGAAAUCGAUGAAGAUGUGAUUGUUGAUUGUGCUGGUACGUUUAUAACAUUUUUGAUAGCUAUUUCAAAUUGAAAUGAUUAUUUGGUAAAUUUGAAUUAAUAUUUAUAUUUUUAGAUGUAGGUGAGGUUGAAAGUAAUAUGCUUUUAACCUCACAACAAUCUGGAUUAUUCAAUCUGAUUUAUCAGCGACCACGUCUAGUCAAACAUCAAUUCCAGAAUCUGACUUUCAAAUGCCGGCGAGCCAACUUACGAAGAUUGACAUAAUGACGCCUGAACUUGCUGGAGCACUUGAUCGAGGAAAAAUUAGUAAUCGGAACGCUCUUUUUGUAUUGGCUGCUGCGUAUAAGAGCGUAGGGAUUGAUAUUUCCACCCUCAAUCUUAGUUAUAGUACACUUUAUCGAGGCCGUAAUAAGUUUCGUACGAACAUCGUUGAAGAUUUGAAAAACGAAUUUCGCACAGACGACCGUUAUGUUGUGCAUUGGGACGGUAAAGUUCUGUGCGAUAUUUCUGAAAAAAAAUCUGUAGAUCGCAUUGCGAUUCUUCUAUCGGUUAAUGGAGUUGAUCAGCUUCUUGGAGUUCCAAAAGCUGACAGUGGAACAGCACAUCAACCGGCUUCAGCUGUUAUUUCAACUUUAAAUAAAAUGGAAUGUAGCUCCAUACGUAAAAGCAAUGUGUUUUGACACGCCAGCUGUCAACACUGGUAAAGUUUAUGCAAAUAAUAAAUUACUCUAAAAUUUUUAUAUUUAAUCUUAUUUGUUGAUUUAAAUUUUUUCUCCACUUGUAGGUAUUCACAAAGGCACAUGUGUUUUGAUUGAAAAAGAGUUGAAAAGGAAGUUAGUAUGGCUUCCAUGCCGCCAUCACGUAAUGGAAAUUAUUUUGCGAGGAGUCUUUGAAAUAUACUGGAGUACGACAUCUGGUCCUAAUGUACCGAUAUUUGGUCGUUUCAAAAAUUCUUGGGACAAACUCGAUCAGUCAAAGUACAAAAAUGGGAUGGAAGAUGAAGCUGUCGCGGAUAUCUUAACGAAUGAACGUGCCGAAACUGUCACAUUUAUUAACAAUUGCUUACAGAUAUCUCAACCACGAGACGAUUAUCGAGAAUUGUUACUAUUAUCACUAGCUUUUCUUAACAGCUGGUCAGGAGAGACAUUCAUUUUUAAGCGUCCUGGUGCCAUACAUCAUGCGCGGUGGAUGGCAAAAGCCAUCUACAGCUUGAAAAUUUUUAUGUUUCGAGAUCAAUUUCAUCUUUCACUACGCGAAACAAAUACUUUACGACAAGUUUGUAUAUUUGUGAUUGUAUUUUACUUGAAAAUGUGGUAUACGGCGACAUCUGCUAUUCUGGCACCAAAUAAUGAUUUGGAAUUGUUAAAAAAAUUGAUUACUUAUGAUCGUGUUGAUGCAGCAAUUUCACAAAAAGCGUGUGCUAAAAUGAGUGAGCACUUGUGGUACUUAAAUGAAGAAUUAGCUGUUAUCUCUUUAUUUGAUUCCAAUGUUUCGAUUGAAAUAAAAAGAAAGAUGAUUGAGAAAAUUAAUUCUCGAUCAGCUUCUACAACAAUGGAUCAGCGGUAUCGAGUACUCGAAAAUGAGCACGAAUCAUUUUUACAAAAAGAUUUAAGUGAUUUUGUAUCAAAACAAUCAUUGGAGUUGUUUAAAAAAUUUGAUUUACCAAGCGAUUUUUUAGAAAAGGAUAUUUUAAUUUGGUCUAGUGACGAAAAUUACAUCGAAUGUGCUGAAUAUUUUAAAGCAUUAAAAGUAACAAAUGAUGUAGCAGAAAGAGGAGUUGCAUUAAUCGAAGAAUACAACAACUACCUUACCAAAGAUGAAAAUCAACUACAGUAUUUGUUACAGGUAGUUCGAGAACAUCGACAACGCUAUCCAGAUUGUUUAAAAAAAAGUCUUCAAUAGCAAUAUUAAUUUAUAUUACAUUAGACUAAGUAAUUUUAAAAAUAAUUCUUGAAAAAGUGAAUAAAUUUUUCUAUUCAAACAAACCCAUUGUUAGUUAAUAUAUUCCUUCUGUGAGUAUUACAAAUGAUUAAACAAAAUCUUUUGUGUUUAGAUUAAACAAAAAAGAUGGACUAUGAUUUCGAAGCUAAUCGAUGCUAAAAAUAAUUUCAAAAGUUUCACUAGUCGCAUUAUUGCAAAAAAUUAUUAGCAAUGAUUGUCUAAGUAACUAAAUUUAAAAUAAACAUGAAUUUUUUGAGUGAUUUGUUCCAAUAAAACCAUCAAAAUUGCUGGAAUGCAUCAAAAACCUUAAAAUUUUCGAUAAAUUUAACUUUGGCCUUAAAUAACUUGUAAACUAUUAGGUUUAUCA